UUAUUUUGUAAUUGUAAGUUGUGGAUAAGGAAAAUUGAGACGGCUUGGCUUAGAAGUGGAUGGUCUCAUCAAAAUUGACUGUAUGCGUAUGUGCAUCAAGAUCAGAAGGGUAGCUAGUUAGCAUAAUGCUAAUUUAUGCCCCAAGUCCAGUGGUUUUUAAUACAACAAGCACAUCAUCCUAUAUUCUUGCCGGAGCUGUCAAAAGCAGUAGCAAUAUCAACAAGAGCACAGGCUAUCUCACCAGAGGUAGCAGCAGGUUCAGCAUGACCAUUACGAGCUUGUUUGCUGCUUGCGCAGUUUUAGCCUCAGCAGCUACAGGAGCAAGUGCUGAGGCACCCCAGCAACAACAACAAGCAGAGACAGAGACUCUAUCAAACAUACCACAAACACUGUCAGGUGGGGAGUGUGCAUCAGUAUCUCCUAAGGAUUGCAAGAAGGCUAGGAUCCAACGGCCCAAGUCAAGGAAAGCAGAGUCAUGCACUAUCAAGUGUGUCGCCACUUGUAUCCGGGGCGGUGAAGGCUCCCCUGGAGAAGGCCCUCUCAAUGUUAGAAGGCCUAUAGUGGUUUUCAAGCAAGGAUUCCGAAGUCGUAAUUACUGUUUGGUGGAGUGCUCAGAUAUUUGUAAUUUGAUCGGAGAUGCAGAUGAUGGACCUUAAUCUGUAAAUUCCUUUCUUUCAAUAUGAAAUACACUCAAGUCUUCUUCUUUUUCUUUCAAUAUACCGAGGUAGAGCUAGGAGCUUAUGUUCAUGUUUCAUAUUUAUGUUCAUUCAAGCUCUCUAUCUCAAUUUCAACAAAAGAUGUUUAGGGUAAUCUAGAUGUAUCAUCUUCCUUAAUAUCUAGGAAGAUUUCUUGAGUUUGAAUGACAUAAUAACAGUUUUUCUUGAA